AUAAUGCAGCGAGACUCUGGAGCUGCAGGUAUGAACUACUACAUGUCUGUGCUUCCCUUCCUGGCAGCAGUUCAGACAGCUGUAGUUGAGAAGGGUGAGAUUCAGCUGCACAUCCAGGCUCCAGCAGAGGUGGCUCCAGAUUACUGCUCCAGCUUCACACACUGUUCCACCAAAUAUCCUGAUGCCAUGACUAAGUGGGAAACAUUUUUUCAAUCUUUGCAGCACAUCAGUAACUCUGACGACACAGAUUUCAGCAAGAAGGACAAGAUCCUGGGACUGCUGUGGGCAGCAGAAGAGGCGUCUCUACAAACCGCCUCCUCGGCCUGCAGUGAAAGGCAGAAGCUGUACUCCUCUCCUGAGGUGCGCUUUGGACAGGGCUGGCUCAACUCGGCAGCAUAUGUAGCAGCUGCUCAUUUCCACGCCAACAUCGAGAGGUCUGAGAAGUUCAUGGCUCCUCUGCCAAGCCGAGUGCUGCAGGUGUCUAAUAGACCUCCCAACAUUGCCAAUCUUAGCGCUGAGGAGAACCACGCACUCCACAUCUUCAGCUGGAUGAACAGUGUCAAUCAACUGCUUGGUGGCUCCCUUGUGAAUCUCUGGCGGAGUGCUAUGUGUUCACCUCAGGCUCGGGAGAAAGGUCAAGGCCUUCUUCACGACCUCAUUCUUGACCCCAAGUUCCCUGGUACCAGUCUGAUGGUAAUCCUGACCCAGAUGACCACCAACUGUUAACAAUCUCUAAUAAAUAUAAAAACUGGGUAGAAUAAACCUGUUUCUAGUAAAUAAGAGCUGUUUACAGUGAACACCUUACUGAUCUGCAGACGUUUGCGGUGUCCACAACACUGCUGCAU